GUGUGAUCCGGAUCCUCGCUCGCUCGACCCGAGAAUCAGAAAUAAAAAACCAAUAAACGCAGCCAUACAAAUGCUCACGAACCGACAUCAUGCCUCCGAGCCUCUUCACCCGUCUCGUCCCAUCCGACCACCGAUCCCUGUAUGACCGGGUCCAAGACGACCCAGAUGGCGACGUCGAGCGAAGGGCAGGCUUGGCCCUAGACGAAGAAAACCUGGCCCACCACUUCCGCGAUGACGAACUCGAACAUGCCCGCGGUCUCGGCCUUGGCGACAGCCGCACCUCCACGCCACGCAGUCCCGAAACCGUCCCUAGCGGGGCACGGCGUGGCGUCGUCAGGCCAGAGAGGCAGGGUGCGGGGCCAUCGCGGUGGCUUACACCCGAGGAUGACGCCGAUAACGAUGUCCCCGCCUCUCUCCUCGUCGAGGGCCCUAGCGCCGGCACCUCUCGGCCCAGCCCGCACAGAACCGCCUCCCGGCGGCCACGACACCAUACCAUGUCGAGUCCCUCGAGCGGGAGGAUACAGGCGCAGUGGGAGACUGCGCAGGCGCAGCAGAGACUACACCAGGAUGAAGGAUACGGUCCGUCGCCGACCCGGAAUCGGACGGGCAUCCCCGCGGGGAGGGUGAGUUUCGCUGCCAGCCCCAAAGACAAGGCCAUGUUCAGAUGGGCUAGUGUCUCCAAUCUCGACGUCUUCAUCAGAGACGUUUACGAUUACUACCUAGGCGCUGGGAUAUGGUGUAUCCUACUCGAAAGGUUCCUACACCUGCUGAAGGUCGCUUUCGUCGCAACUCUGCUCACCCUGCUAUCUCAGUGUGUAGACUACAGCAAGAUUCGGGAGAGCAAGAGCUUGACGCAGAUCAUGAUCCCCCAGUGCACCAAGCACAUGUGGGGGAUCUGGAACUUGAGUCUCUGGGUCUGCAGCUUCUACUUCGUCUGGAAGACCAUCCAGUGGGUCCUCGACGUGCCGCGCUUGAUGCACAUCCGCGAUUUCUUCGUCUACCUGCUAGAGAUCCCGGACGAGGAUAUGCAAACCGUCUCCUGGCAGGAUGUCGUGUCCAAGAUCACGGCCCUUCGGGAUGAGAAUGUGAAGACUGCUACUAACAUUACGCCGUCGCAGCGGCGCUUCAUCUCAAGCCAGCUGGGGCGGCAUGUGGCCAGCCAAUCGAAGGAGCGGCUCGAUGCCCACGAUAUCGCCAACCGGCUAAUGAGACGCGAGAACUACAUCAUCGCGCUCUUCAACAAGGACAUACUCGAUCUCACUGCCCCGCUUCCGUUCCUCCGGAGUCAGCAGCUAUUUUCGAAGUCACUCGAGUGGACCGUCCAGUUCGGAGUUCUGGAUCUUGUGUUUAACGAGGGCGGCCAGGUCCACCAACGCGUCCUCAAAUCAGACCACCGGGGGCAUCUCAGCAGGCAGAUGCAGACGAGAUUCGCAUUCGCUGCGGUGAUGAACCUCAUCUUCGCCCCCUUCGUCGCUUGCGGCCUCGUCAUCGACUUCGUCUUCACCUACUACAACGAAUUCAAAACCAAUACUUCGUCGCUCGGGGCAAGACAGUACACGCCGCUAGCGAGGUGGAAGUUUCGGGAAUUCAACGAGCUGCCGCAUCUUUUCGAGGAACGCCUCAACAUGUCUUACCCAUUCGCGAAACACUAUAUCGAUCAGUUCCCCAAGAAGAAGACGGAAUCCGCUGCUCGGGCGGUGCAGUUCUUUGCCGGCGCCCUGAUCGCCGUGCUGGCCAUCGUCGGCUUCUCUGACCCGGAGAUGUUUGUAGACUUUGAUUUGUUUCCCGGGAUGAACGCAUUGGCCUUCGUCGCGCUUCUCACCACCGUAUGGGCGGUUGCUCGCGGCAUGAUAUCGGAGGAGAACGACGUCUUCGAUCCCGAGUACGCGAUGCAGAGCGUCAUCGAAUACACGCAUUACCAACCGGACCAAUGGAAAGGCCGGCUCCACAGCUACGAGGUGAAGGCAGACUUUUCCGAGCUCUACAAGUCUAGGAUCAUCAUCUUCCUCGAGGAGAUACUCGGGGUCUUAGUCACGCCUUUGGUGCUCUUUUUCAGCUUGCCGAAAUGCAGCGAUCAGAUCAUCGACUUCUUCCGCGAAUUCACAAUCCAUGUCGACGGGUUGGGCUACGUCUGCUCGUUCGCCGUCUUCGACUUCCAGAAAGACCAACGCAACACGAGACCCCAGCAGGGCAACAUACACGAUGCCCGUGAAGACUACUACGCAACUAAACACGGCAAGAUGCAAGCUUCGCUGCACGGCUUCCUCGAUAACUAUGUCUACCACCCUAGAAGCGGACUACCGGGCAGCCACGCGUUGGGGCCGGCUGGCCGUCAUCAAUUUCACCCUCCGCCCACCUUCCCCGGCUUAAUGUCACCGACAUUGGCUCCGGACAUGCGGGGAUCCCGUCUCGGCUUCGGCGAGCGGCCUAGGAGUAGAGCGCCGCCCGGGCCUCAACCCGCGGGGAGAACACCACGCGUCGGGCCAGCUGCCGUCGCGCCGUCGCCGAUGGCCUCGAUGCUGCUCGACCCUCACCACCAACCCUCGGCCUCCUUCACGGCGGGUCGCACCCCACAGCGAGUGCGCCAGCAGCGUGGUACGUAUUACGGGGACAGAGACAUAAUUGAAGAGUCGCUAGAAGACGGCGCCUCGAGGGGCGCGAUCCGGCGGCAGGCGACAAAUUACACCGAUGACGGCGAUAUCGAGGAGAGCGUCGCCCGCUUAGGGGAGUCGACCUGGGAGGACUCUCCAGGGCGCGGCCUUAGCAGGGAAAACAGUACUGCCACGGACGGCGACGACGGGCCUGGAGUGGUGACGAUGCUGAAGCAGUUUCAGCAGGCCCACAUGAAUCAGAGGGGCGUUAUGUGAAGCACCCCCCUACCCCUAAAUCAUGGCAGGCCUGCGGGGUAAGGAAAGGAGUUUAUGGCCACGACAGAAUCCUCUUUUCUUGUUUUGUUCUUCCAGGUAUUGGGCAAUGCUGGCCUAGUCUGGGCGGCAUACGAUGGUGUUAUUCUUUUAGUCCUGUCUCCCUGUCUCCCACUUCCCCCAUCU